AUGGCGUCGCCCAUGGCAAGGACAACGAUUCCUGCAUGCGUCAGGAGAGUCGAGGACAACUAUCUGUUCAUUGGGAGCAUUGUAAGCCCUUCUGUAUUGUUGAAGACUAUUCGGGUGGAAGAGGAUAUCCCUGAGGAGGAUGUGGAGAUGACGUCUGCGCCCGCCAUGGUUGUUGACUCGACCGAUGGUAUGGACCUCGACGAUGACGAUGACCUAUACGGAAGUUCCCAGGUGCAAGAAGUGCUGUCCAUCAACGGCAAUGGCAAUCUCAAUGGCGUCGCUGUUACUUCGAAGAGGCGGACGGUCGUGCAUCUAUCUCUGUGCGACUCGUUAUCUGCCCACGGGCCCAUCUCUGAUAUGACUUUUGCGUGA